AUGCCGGCUACUACCAUUCCGAUCGUGAAGAAGCGGACGAAGAAGUUUGCGCGCCACCAGUCCGACCGCUUCAAGCGCGUUGGCGAGUCAUGGCGCAAGCCCACGGGUAUUGAUAACUGUGUGCGCCGUCGCUUCAAGAGCACCAUUGCUAUGCCGAAGAUCGGUUACGGCUCGAACAAGAAGACUCGCCACAUUAUGCCCAACGGUUUCCGCCGCUUUGUUGUCGCCAACCCCAGCGACGUUGAGCUGCUGCUGAUGUACGUUCUCUUCACUCACCCCAGGCACAACAACACCUUUGCUGCGGAGAUCGCCCACAACGUGAGCAGCAAGAAGCGCAUCCAGAUCCUUGAGAAGUGCGUAUAUGACGAUAGGCUGACAAUCAGGGCGAAGAUCCUCGGUGUCCGCGUUACCAACGCCAACGCGCGCGUCCGCGCUCAGGAGGCGUAA